AUGGUGAUUCGAUUCCCUUUCGGAAUCAAAGGACGGCAUCCACAACAGUUUGGCUAUCCUGGCUUUGAUUUAUUUUGUUCAUCAAGUAACGAAACUAUGAUUGAACUCCCAAAAUCAGUGAUGCUCAAAGUCAAUAGCAUUGAUUACAAACAGCAAACUAUUGCACUAUCUGAUUCAUACGGUUGCCUUUCUAAGCAGUUAGUGAACCUCAAUCUAUCAGCUUCGAAUUUUCAGUUCAUGCCCCACUACAAUGCAUACGGUGACUAUAUCAUUUUCAAUUGUUCACUGUCACACACGAAAAGAUAUUUAUUGGACUAUAUGAAUUCUGUUCCGUGCCUAAGUACUUCAACCUCUAACGCAUAUGCUGUUUCAUCUGAUAAUACGAUCGAGUACUUGCCCCUGUCAUUUUGCACCAAACUGUUUGAUAUUUCAUUCGUCCCUAUUGCUUUCUUUCGUGAGAACGUUCAUGUGAUUCUUUUGACAUGGUCUGAGCCAAACUGUAAACAAUGCGAGUCAGAAGGGAACGUAUGUGGGUCGAAGAAUAAUACUACCAAUCAUGAAUUACAUUGCUUCCCCAAUCACAAAGGAUUAGUCCUAGGAUCGUUUCUUCUUGUCCUGUUGAGUGGUGCUGUCUUUCACAUUUACGAGGCUUACAAACUGCAGAAAGAAAAGCAAGCUAUUAUUGAGAAAUUUUUAGAAGACUAUAAAGCACUUAAGCCUACCAGAUACUCUUAUGUUGAAAUUAAGAGAAUCACCAACAAUUUUAAGGACAAGUUAGGAGAAGGAGCCUAUGGAACGGUGUUUAAAGGAAGCAUUUCCAAAGAUUUUAUGGUUGCUGUGAAAAUCCUGAAUAAUUCCCAAGGAAAUGGGGAAGAGUUCGUUAAUGAAGUAGCUACAAUGGGUAGAAUUCACCAUGUUAACAUUGCCCGCUUGGUCGGUUUUUGUGCCGAUGGCUUUAGAAGAGCUCUUGUUUAUGAGUUCUUACCGAAUGGUUCACUGCAGAAGUUCAUAAAUUCACCAGACAACAGGCAAAACUUCCUUGGUUGGAAAAGGAUGCAGAACAUUGCUUUAGGCAUAGCCAAAGGAAUUGAAUAUCUUCACCAAGGUUGUGAUCAGCGCAUUCUCCAUUUUGACAUUAAGCCUCAAAAUAUGUUACUAGACCACGACUUUACUCCAAAAAUAUGUGACUUUGGUCUAGCCAAAUUGUGUUCAAGGGAGCAGAGCAUUGUGUCAAUGACCACAGCUAGAGGUACUUUGGGGUACAUAGCUCCUGAAGUUUUCUCACGAAACUUUGGAAACGUGUCAUACAAGGCAGAUGUUUAUAGCUAUGGAAUGAUGCUGCUUGAAACAAUAGGAGGGAGGAAGAUCACUGAGGACCUAGAGGAAAACACUAGCCAUGUUUACUACCCAGAAUGGAUUCACAAUCUUUUAGAAGAACGUGAGGAAAAGAGAAUUCACAUAGAUGAUGAAGGGGAUGCAAAAAUUGCAAGGAAACUAGCAAUUGUGGGACUUUGGUGCAUCCAGUGGCAUGCUAUGGAUAGACCAUCCAUGCAAGUGGUUGUACAAAUGUUAGAGGGAGACAUAUACAGAACCCCAAUACCUCCUAAUCCUUUUGCGUCUACAGGAUCAAGGAGUAAAAGUACAAAUUUGGGUGUAGCUGCAGACAACUAA